GGUUUGUAGUUUUGCCGCGAUUGUUCACAGGGAAAGAGCAGUAGCAGCUGCGCUCCCAGCGUUCUCGGCGCGCGAGGGACUUCCGGGAGCGGAGCUGAGCGAGGUGCCUGGCCCGGGCAGAGCGCGGCGAGGUCAUGAUGUCAGAGCUGAGUGAUGAAGCCAGCGAAUCGGAGCUCCUGAACCGCAGCCUGUCCAUGUGGCAUGGGGUAGGCCAGAUGAUGUGUCGAGAAGAGCUGGAUGUUCCACUGGACCUACACACAGCAUCCUCCAUUGGCCAGUAUGAGGUGGUGCAGGAGUGUAUUCAGCGUGAGGAACUGGAUUUAAAUAAGAGAAACUGUGGUGGCUGGACCCCGCUGAUGUACGCUUCCUACAUCGGGCAUGAUACCAUCGUGCAUCUGCUGCUGGAGGCGGGAGUGAAUGUGAACGUCCCGACGCCGGAAGGGCAGACCCCACUCAUGCUGGCCUCCAGUUGUGGCAAUGAGAGUGUUGCCUACUUCCUCCUCCAGCAAGGCGCAGAGCUGGAGAUGAAGGACAUUCAUGGCUGGACUGCCCUCUUCCACUGCACCAGUGCUGGACACCAGCAGAUGGUCAAAUUCUUACUGGACAAUGGGGCGAACGCCAACUGCAAGGAGCCUGUGUAUGGAUAUACACCUCUGAUGGAAGCAGCUGCCUCUGGCCAUGAGAUAAUUGUCCAGUAUCUUCUCAAUCAUGGCGUGAAGGUGGAUGUGAGAGAGAACACGGGAGCCACAGCACGGGCUCUGGCCAUGAAGUAUGGACACAUGAAGAUCGUGGGGCUGAUGGACCUACACGCAGCCCCCAUGCCCAAAGUCUUCUGCAGGGGCCCAGGAAAAUACUGUGAAGAUCUGAGCUCCUCAGAUGAAUCGUGCUCCACUCCCCAGAGACAGAGACCAGUCCGUAAGACCAAGGGCCCGAGUAUCCAUGAGGGGCCCCAAGCUUUGGCUAAGAUAACAGCUGUCGGAAUUGCAGGGAAGAAGCAGUCUCGCUGUGAGCAGGUCCCUCCGCAGGGCUACGUUACGUUCAGUGACAAUGGCAGCUUUGAAGGGGAGGAUCUCCGGUUCCGGGAUGUCACCUCUCCAAUCAACGAGCAAGACGUGGAAAGUAGCAGCAGCAAGGAAGAGAAUGCUUUCUUCACCAACAACUUGGACACCAUCAGGAGCAGCAGCAGCAGCAGCGAGUGUCUGCCCAAAGCCCUGGGGGUCAGCAGUGAGGGCUCCCUGGAGAGCAAUGAGGACUCUGACCAUGCGGAAAAGCUCUGUAGUCGGAAACAGGCUAAAAGCUACGUAAAGAUCAAGACCCGGUACAGCAAUAGUGACAGCCAGUGGUUUCAGAGCCCAGGCAAAGCUGGGGUGUCUAGUCAGCACUGUACGCUCCCUAACCCAGAGGCCACCACCUACACAGGACCCCAGGACCUGGCAACAUUCCUGGAGCAGAUCGGGUGUCUGAAGUACCUCCAGGUGUUUGAGGAGCAGGACAUCGACCUCCGGAUCUUCCUGACCCUCACAGAAAGUGAUCUCAAGGAAAUAGGCAUCACCCUGUUCGGGCCCAAGCGGAAGAUGACCUCUGCCAUUGCUCGAUGGCACAGCAAUGCCAGGCCUCCCAGCGAUGCCCUAGAGCUGGCCUAUGCAGAUCGGCUGGAGGCGGAAAUGCAGGAGAUGGCCAUUCAGCUGCACAAGAGGUGCGAGGAAGUGGAAGUGAUGAAGGGCCAAGUGUCCCAGGAGCAGGAGCUGCGGGCGGUGGUUGAGAGCUGCUUGAUGGAGCGGGACGUGGCUUGGAAUGAUGUCCAAAUCCAGCUGCGGGAGGCCCAGGCCAUCACCAGGGACGCUGGGGUCCUGCUAGAGCAAAUGAAAGCCUGUCAGGCAGAGCUAUGUUCACGGCUGAAGGAAGGGCACCUGGCUGGCAGGAUGCUGGAGACCAAGGCACGGCUGGGAGCUGGUGAGGGCAGAUGGCCCAAGGGAGAAGGUCUAGAAGGAUGGUCAGUUUCCUUGAAGUCCCUGAGCCUGCCUGAGCUGUCAGCUUUCCUGGAGGAGCGUGUCGGAGAUAUAGGGAAUGCCCUGCAUUCUGUGACUCAGAACCUCGCGCGGCUACAGGCCUCGGAGCGAGGCAAGCAGAGCUGGCCAGAGUCCUAAUGGAGCAGGAUGGAAUUCUGACGUCGGGUGAUGGUUCCACCCGGAAGCUGAGUGCCUGGGAGAACGAGCGCAAGGCUGGUCCGCCAGCACGGCUCCUCUGCUGAGAGCGCCAAGGAGGCAGGCGGGUGCCUGGAGAAGGGGGUCAGCCAGCUGGGGAUGGUGGAGGACGAGGAGUCAAGUGGGCAGGCUGCCUCAACUGGGCUGAUCUCCAGGUUCCUGUCACAGACGGUUUGCUUUCCCUGUCCAAGGGUUAGAGUGUUAAGAGCUGAAGCAUCAGGGCUAAUUGGCCUCUAGCUGCCCAUGGAGAGACUGCCUCAGUUUCACUUAAUGCUGCCUGAUAUUUUUACAGAGCCAACCCUUGUCUGUAGCAGUCGGAUUCCCUUAUGCCCCUCCCCGCCACAACCCCUCGUAACUCGUUCCCUCCGUUUGGUCUCUGCCCGCAGGCUGACCCAGCAAACGUGUGACACACAGAGCAAAGGACAGCACAGUGGUGGCUGAUAGGGUGAGAUCCAGUGCUUUGGAAAUGGGAGUGUCCUGCAGUUCAGUGGGCUGAGCCUCCCCUUUGAGACAGGAUCAAACAGCCCCAAGCUGCAGCCCUUGUAGGAUCUGGGAGAUUGAACAUAGUGAGCUCUGCAGCUCUAGCCUGUGGAGAGCUCCCCCUCCUGGCAGCCUGCAGCGGUUCAGCUGUUACCGGCUUCCGAGGAGGCAGGAGCUAUGGGAUCACUUGAGUGUCCUAACCGUGCUUCUCUGUUUCAUUAUGGGUGCAGACCCCCCGUUGGCGCUGACUUGGCAGCUGGCCCUGAUCCUUCCCCGAGUCCAUGAAUGUCCACAUUAAACCCCCAGGUUAGCACAUUUCAAAGGCCUUGCUUCUGCCGAGCCAGUGUGCUCCCAGAAGCUUCUUCCGCAGGCAGCAGCUCCUGCUGGUGCAGCACUGGCCCAUUAGGACGAGGGAGCCAGGAGCCACAUGAGAGGAGGGCGUGUGCAGCUCUUGCCUGAUGUGAGUUUAUACUAUCCCCAAGCACUUGUGUGUGAGCUACGUGCUCUGUGCUGCAUGCAGGGCUUGGCCCUGCAAUUGGUGCUAUAAAACCCUCCCCCAGGGUAACACCUGACUGUGAGCACCACAGCCCUCCCCUCAGGUCUGCCCCUGUGUGAAGGCAGUCGCAGGAGACCUUAGCGCAGGCGUCUAAGACCAGGAGCCUGUUCCGUGGGGGAUCCUCUCCCCUGGGAACCCAUUAGCUGGCUCCCCACCCUCCCUCAGGCCCUGGCUCCUGUUCUUGUGUCCAAGCCUCUCUCCUUCAGACUUGAGCUUGGCACCUCUGCCCCCAUGAAUGGACUUCAUGCCUGCCAUUUCUAGAUUCCUGCCCUGCCUGCAUGGAGGCUGCUUGUCCCGCAGGCAGGGCUGCCAUCUUCUCCCUGCACUCUGGGGGAGCAGGAAGGGGCCUCCUGUUUUCUCCAUGGGAUGGGCCUUUGAAGCUGCUGGAUGGGAAGGGUUGGAAGAAAGCUCGACCCAAGGUGCUCAGGCUGGGCAUGUUUGGAAAUCUUGGCUUCCAUCUCUUGAGGGUUUUGUGAGGCACCCUUUCUCAUGGCGUCCGUGGGCCUCAGGCAGCUGAGUCCUGCUCUCCUCUGGGCCACGGGCAGCCAGGCACUAGGCAUUGUGUUCUCCUUGUGCUUCUCCAACCUCCUUUGCCAUCUCCUCCCACUGGGAGGUCCCCUGCCGGGCUGCUCAUCCCUUUCAUUUAGUGGACUGAAGCUUCCUCUCCUUCCUUCCCUCCAAGAACCCAUAAAGUUCAAAAAUGUUUCCAUGCAGUCCUUAGCCCCCGCAUUGGCCCCACAGCAUGAGAACGCUGGGCAUGGGGGUUGGACUCUUAGACACUAGUGCCGUGGGCUCUUGCAGAGCAACCAGGAGGAGGGCGUGUGUGGGUUGAUAGCACAAGAAUGAGAUGGUGAAUGGGGCUCUCCAGGGAGCGGAGUGAAAGAAAGACACACACACACACACUCUCUGUCUCUGUCUCUGUCUCUGUCUCUGUCUCUCUCUUAAAUGCUGCAGGCCUCGGACACUUCCCUCUUACCUGCCGGGUACGUUCAGUGCCAUUAUCUGUAUGUGGAAAUGGGUCGUCUUCAGCCUGUGUUCCUGCUCCAGCCCCCGGGAGCUGGAAAUGAGAGCUCCGGUAACAGGGGCUGCUGCAGGAAGACCGACUGCGGCGUGCAUUGGCCCCUCACAUACACUGCUCUAGCUCAUGGAGAUGUCUUGGCCACUGGCUGCUCUGACCUGGUGCUGCUGCUGCUGCCCCUGGGAGCUCUCAUGGGUAGUGUUCGCGUGGCUCAGAGUGCCCUGUCCAAGUGACACGAUUUCCAAUGCUGUAUAGUGAUUGGAGCAGCCUUAGUUCUUGCAGCCCUCUGGACAAAGACCGUGCCCCUGUGAUGGGGGCUGUGGUGAGCUGGGGAAAGUACUUUUCUCUUUGCUGGUAAAGGGGAAAAAGCUGUAUUUUAUUUUUAGAUCUUGACCACAAACCCCAAAGUGCAAUACCUGCUGUGACUCCAUCCUCGGAGCCAGGAUCUUCCCUCUGCUCCGCUGCCCAAUGCCAAAGAGACUGGACCAUGCAAAUGGCCUGCAGAGUUAAUCUCUGUGCCGGUGGAGCACUGAAUUCAUUGUGCUUUGGUGUCUCCAAACCUUCCUGGUUUGCUUCUCAAAGCAGCCAGGAGGGGGGUGAGUUUGCCACACCAAUAUGCUCGGUGCAUGGCUUUGUUUGUACUUCUGUUUUCUCUUACGCGUGAGACCAAAAUUAAUGUGCACCGUGUUUGGUGAAUAAAUCAGUGAUUGGA